AUGUACCUGGACAACAAAGAUGAUGGUGCAAUUACCAGAAACAUAGAUAUGGAACUGGACUCCCACCACAUGGAUGUGCUUGGAGAUGGAGCAACAGAGCCAAUUUCUUACAAUGUCAGCAAACUGAAGCUGUUGAAAGAGAUCAUGAUUGGUCAGGGACCAUCACAUCAACCUUAUCCAAAUAUUGUACAAGAGCCAGACCAGUGUAUUACUUUGGGGAAAGAUUUCAAUCCUCUCUCUAUGCAACAGAGGUAUCAUUAUAGUUUGCCCAAAUUCUUCAGCACAAGAUCAGAAGGUUUUACAGAAAGGACGCCUCUGUUGAAAGUUUCCACUAAAAGCAAUGGAUGCACAGAUGUUCAUAAUACAGAUUUCAUCACAGAUGAUGACUCUUGGGAAAAUAGUUCUGCCGAAUUUGAGCAAAGAUCUCAGCCAGGAAGUGAAAUGACCAGCUUGUCCAGAUCUGCUUCCUGCUCGGAAAAAUAUGAACUAUUGGACAAUUUUCACGUCAAAUUCAAUUUAUCCAAGAUGAGAUGCUGCUUAAAAUUCCUAAAGGUUUCAUGCCUUUUUAUCUUUGUAGCUACAUGCUCUAUUUUGUUUAGCAUUUAUCCUGAAAGCAGGACGUCUUGGCAGAUGCUGGCUGUUUCACCUGUGGAUGUUUACACUGUGAACUUUAGCAGUUUCAGUGAUUCUGCUCUUUUAAAGGUAGAACUGGGAGGGCCCUUUGUAACUGAGCGACAACCAAAAGACUAUAUUGUAGUUCAAGUUGGACAAAUAGAAGACUCCAGUCCUAAAAGGAGACGUCAACAGCAAAUAUUACAUAAUUGGACUCUUGCAUUAAAUGUGAAGAAAAAUGAGCAAGUUAUUGUGACUAGAAUCUUCGAGACAAUUAAUAGAAGAGAAACCUCCCUAAGAAUCCAGGCAUUUCUUCAGGAAUCAGAAAUCAUUCCUCUUUCUAUGACACAUCAGUAUCUUCAUGCAAAUAUAGAGGCUCAAGUCACAAUAGCUUCUGUCAUUUUAGCAGGUGUUUAUGUUCUGAUUGUGUUUGAGAUUGUCCACAGGACAUUAGCUGCAAUGUUGGGAUCUUUGGCUGCCUUGGCUGCCUUAGCUACAAUUGGUGAUAAGCCGAGCCUGAUCAAAGUAGUGGCAUGGAUUGAUUAUGAAACUCUGGCACUAUUGUUUGGAAUGAUGCUUUUGGUUGCUAUCUUCUCGGAAACUGGGUUUUUUGAUUACUGUGCAGUAAAGGCUUAUAAACUUUCUCGAGGUAAGGUCUGGACCAUGAUUAUCAUUCUCUGUUUUUUUGCUGCAAUUCUAUCAGCCUUUCUGGACAAUGUUACUACAGUGCUCCUCUUUACUCCAGUCACUAUAAGGUUAUGUGAGGUGCUCAAUCUUGAUCCCAGGCAUGUCCUGAUUGCUGAAGUUAUCUUCACAAAUAUUGGAGGGGCUGCUACAGCUAUUGGGGAUCCUCCAAAUGUGAUAAUUGUUUCCAAUCAGGAACUCAGGAAGAUGGGGUUGGACUUUGCUGAAUUUACGGGGCAUAUGUUUAUUGGAAUGUGUCUUGUACUUCUGGUUUCCUUUCCUUUUCUACGGCUACUUUACUGGAACAAGAAACUCUAUAACAAAGAGCCAAGUGAGAUUGUUGAACUGAAACAUGAAAUCCAUGUUUGGAAGCUGACAGCCCAGAGAAUUAACCCUGCAAGCAGAGAAGAAACAGCUGUGAAGUGCCUCUUAAUGCAAAAAGUUAGAACUCUAGAGUUCUUGCUAAGGAAAAAGCUCAAAACUUUCCACAGACAAAUUUCACAAGAAGAUAAAAACUGGGAAACAAAUAUCCAGGAGCUCCAAAAAAAGCACAGAAUAACAGACAAGUUGCUUCUCAUCAAAUGCCUGAUGGUUUUAGGAAUUGUUAUUCUCAUGUACUUUCUCAAUUCAUUUGUUCCAGGAAUUCAUUUAGAUCUUGGAUGGAUUGCUAUGUUAGGAGCUCUGUGGCUUCUUGUUCUAGCCAACAUUCAUGAUUUUGAAAUGAUUCUGAACAGAGUGGAAUGGGCGACCCUCCUUUUCUUUGCAGCAUUAUUUGUUUUAAUGGAGGCUUUGGCUCAUCUUCAUUUAAUAGAAUACAUAGGAGAACAAACAGCUUUGUUGAUAAAGGUGGUCCCUGAAGAGCAACGUUUGACAGUAGCUAUUAUUUUAAUUCUGUGGGUCUCUGUAUUGGCAUCAUCUCUAAUUGACAAUAUUCCAUUCACUGCUACAAUGAUUCCUGUACUUCUCAAUUUAAGUCAAGAUCCUGAGGUUAACUUACCUGUAAAACCACUCAUCUUUGCAUUAGCCAUAGGUGCCUGUCUUGGAGGUAAUGGGACAUUGAUUGGAGCCUCUGCAAAUGUUGUUUGUGCAGGUAUUGCAGAACAGCAUGGCUAUGGCUUUUCUUUCAUGGAAUUUUUCAGGUUGGGGUUCCCCAUGACCGUCAUAUCCUGUACCAUUGGAAUGUGUUAUCUUCUUGUUGCUCAGAUUGUAUUGGGUUGGGCUUAA